AUGGCCGGCGCUGGUGUUCCCGUUCCAGAUCGCUUCCGCCAUCUACCAGCACGUCUCCCCCCUCCCCUGGGUGUUACAUCACUGGAUGUGACCGACCGGAAGAUCAUCGAGCUAACGGAGGAUGCUUGGACGGUCUAUAGGGGCCUGUUCCGCCGCAACGCCGUCUACCUGACUGCUAUCUUCUCCACUGCCUUCGCCUUCGAGCUGGCCUUUGAUACCGCCUCCAACAGGGUCUGGGACUCCUUCAACCGCGGUCGCCAAUGGAAGGACAUCAAGCACCGCUACCUCGCCGCGGCUGAGGAGGAGGACGAUGAGUAA